UUUGCCCGUAGGUCAUCCUCAAAUCAUGCCAAAAUGACACCUCCUGGGCUACAAGUGAAUGACAUUUGAACAAUUAGACCGUUUAUGAUUUUUAUUACAAAUACGUGUUCACGAACAGCAAACGUGAUCCAGUUUUUCACUCACAAUUCAACAGGGAAGUGAAAACGGAAAUUCUUCAGGUAAACUGAACAUUUGGUAAAGGGAUUGAAACACUUGUCAUCGUGGGUUUAAAUCUGGAGGACCUAAUAGUCUGUGCGGGCGAUAUGACCAAGUAGCCUCCUUUCCCUCAUUCCCUGGUCAGGAAGUGACGAGCUUACUGAACGUCACUGCCGGCACUAGGAGCUGUGGUUUGUUGAGCGUCUCUAGCAGGGAACGCAUUCAGUAGCAACGAGGGAACCCUUGAUGACUCGUCAUCCCCUUCGAAUACGGCGCUGUAAAACGGCGGGGCACGCUCCUAUCUUACACCUAUGGCUACAAUGAUGAGUUGCGCGAGUCGGGGCUCGCCUCAGCAGAAACCUGUUACCGAAGUCAUCUUGAUUUGCCUGGGAUAUUUCAUGGCAGAGUCUGGACUCUCAUUCCAGUCGCCAUGAGUGCCAGGAGAGUGGCUACACCAGUCGUUUUGCAGACUAUCUUGGCCGCCGUGUCGGCCGCGGUAGUGUUCCUCGACAGUCCAGAAGACCUUGUUCUGGCCGCCGGCAACACGGCGGUCCUACGGUGCAGCGUGGAACCCCAGGGUACCGAGAGAGAACCGGUGAAAUGGGUGCAUCUUGAGUCCAAUCGGAUACUCAGUGAAGACAGUGUUGUCAUGGGGCCGACAAGGGACAAGUACUCUGUGGUGCGCAACCACGGAGGAGGCGAGUAUACCCUGAAAAUCUCAGCCAUCCAACUCGGCGAUGAAGGGGAGUACCGCUGCAUGUGCGGCUCGGAGUACCGGUCUGCUGUACUGACAGUCGUGGUUCCCCCAGAUGCUGGGUACCCGCUUUGCCACGUCCAACCCAAUCCUACGAAACAGCGACCAGGGGGAACGGCCGAGUUAUCGUGCACUUCACACGGGGGGACCCCUCCCGCGGACUUGGUCUGGCAUCGCGGGGAUUUACUGAUAUCCGAUGUUACGACGCAAGCCAACGCGUUGCAGCACAUGGUCACGGCAAGCGACAACGGGGUCAGGUUCACCUGUUUCGCCAAGUCCAAGGCUCCCUCCUUGCCAGUACGCAAGUGCGAGACGAUGGUACUUAACAUACCGCCCGAAGCAUCCAUCAGUCCGCAGUUGCACGUUGUUCAACCGGGGGAGUCGGUGACCUAUACCUGCGCAGGCGCUGGCAUCCCGGCCGUCACAGGCUACAGGUGGCUGGUCAAUUACAUCGACGUGACGGGGGAAGAGAACCGGGGCCAGCGCUAUAAGUUGCUGGACGACAACAGGACACUGCGGAUCACCGACGCUCGAAGUUGGGAAGACGGGGCAUUAAUUGCCUGCGAGGUUUCGACACACUCUGGGUUGAUAGGCCGAGCCUGGGCCAAGCUCUCCAUCAACUCACCGCCGGUUAUGUCUACGACCAAGGAGGUUAAUCCAGGAUUACUUCUCCCGACUACAGACAACGUCCCGAUUGAGAAUGACAAGAAGAAGAUCGGACCUACCGUUCUUAAGCCACAGACCAAUAGUGCAACUGCUGGCGUGGUGGCCGGGGCAAUCCUAGCCACCGUAGGGAUUAUACUGGCCUUGGUGGUCAUCGCCAUUUUGCUUACUAAAACAAAAGCCAGCGGUCAGUUCAGCAUGGCCACUGCCAACAAAAAGAAAUGCUUUGAGGACAAACCUGGGCUGUCCACGGGUACCAUAAAAAAGAUGGACGAGUGUCCAAUUUACGCCAAACCAGACAAACUGCGUAAAGGUCCGGCGCCUGUGCCUCCAAGCGCUGCUGCCCCAGCGCCCGAAUGCGCCCUGGCAACGCAAAAGAAAAAAGCCCGGAAAAACCACCACAGCUACGAAAAAGUGGACAUUCUCGGCUGCUCUUUGCCCGGGCAGGCCUACACCUUGCCCGUCAGACUGCAGAGCAAGGCCCCUGCUACCCCGACCACGAGGCGGUCGGACACCUCAAGACUACUUAAGGCGCAGGCGCCUCCACCGCCGGGCUUCCCUCUACCACCGCUUCCUCGAAAGUCACCUGUACCGACUCCUCAACAUCCCCCUAAUAAUGAGCUACUGUAUGCUGAUCUGGAUCUGCCCGCUACCAGAGAAACAAUUAACCAAUCACAUAACUCGACUGCUGGUGUGGAUUACGCAAUUCUUCCAGUGCAUAAUUCUGUGAACAGCGGGGGCUAUGAUUGGGGCACCAGUUGAGUGCACGAAUACCAGUGGCUCUGUAUACUUAAUAUUUCGCUGCUUUUUCUUAAGUAUAUAUUGAUAUCUUGUAAAUUGGAUUUUAUACUGAAUUUUGUCUAUCGUUGUUGCUCUGUACGUAUUUUUAUACAAAUAUUUUUCGCAACUGAAUAUCUGGAAUUUUUUCAAUUUAGAGAAUUCAAAGAACUUUUGAGGGCUCAACCGACGCUGCUGUGAUUGAACAAAGGAUGUAUUCCGGAUCAUAAAAACUGUUCACCGAUUAUUGAUUUAGGUUGAGGGACUGCUCGAAACUUGAUAACGAUCAUGGAAAUAAUAGCCUGAACUUAAGCUAUAUUCUGAUCACGAUAUUACACCGAGGAACUGUUUUAAAUAUUGUAUUCGAUUAAACAGUGUACAUUGUAUCAGAGGAUAUUAAGUAUAAAAACCUGAAAUUUGACGUGGAUCUUUAAACGGAAAAAGUGAGAUUAUAGUACCUCUUCAUUGAAAUGUGUAAUUCGCAUUGUUUUUAGUGAAUAUAAAUGCGUGUACACCAUAUCAAAAACGAGAUGCCAACCCUGUACUUUUUAUUUUGUGCAAAUAUUUUUUCAAAAUAUCGUUUGUGGCUUCUAAGGCAUAUGAGCCUCGUUUUCAUGUAAGAACUGAACUUGUUCGAAAUCUGGUUGAUUAUUGGUUAAAAAUAACACAAGGCAGGACUGAAUUAAUCCUCAC